AGAAGGAGGCGGGACUUCUGGAAGGCAGUCGGAAACAAACAGGAUCGGGGGGCGCGGAGGCUUCUGGCCUGAGAGGGCGGGGAUUCGUGGUGACUGGGAAGUUGUGGGGGAAGGUUCUUCUCUUAGUUUCACAUUGAUUAAGGACUGUAGGAACUGCCUCAGGGAUAGCCUGGAGAGAUGCCAUACCUAGGCUCCGAGGAUAUAGUAAAGGAACUGAAGAAAGCUCUGUGUAACCCCCACAUUCAGGCUGAUAGACCUCGUUAUCGGAAUGUCAUUCAGAAGGUUAUUAGGCAUAUGACUCAGGGUGUGGAUGUGUCCAGUGUCUUCAUGGAAAUGGUGAAGGCUAGUGCUACUGUGGAUAUUGUACAGAAAAAGCUGGUAUAUCUGUACAUGUGCACAUAUGCCCCCCUGAAACCGGACCUUGCUCUCCUGGCCAUUAAUACACUAUGCAAGGACUGCUCAGACCCCAACCCCAUGGUCCGAGGAUUGGCACUCAGGAGCAUGUGCAGCCUUAGGAUGCCUGGAGUGCAAGAGUAUAUCCAACAACCUAUUCUGAAUGGCCUUCGGGAUAAAGCCUCCUAUGUCAGGAGGGUGGCAGUCCUUGGCUGUGCAAAGAUGUAUAAUCUCCAUGGAGACUCUGAAAUAGAUGGUGCCCUGGUGAAUGAACUGUACAGUUUGCUUCGAGAUCAGGAUCCCAUUGUAGUGGUGAAUUGCCUGAGGGCUCUGGAGGAGAUCUUGAAGCAAGAGGGAGGUGUUGUCAUCAAUAAACCUAUUGCCCACCAUCUUUUAAAUCGAAUGCCAGACCUGGAUCAGUGGGGCCAGGCUGAGGUGCUGGGCUUCCUGUUACGCUAUCAACCCCGAAGUGAGGAGGAACUCUUUGCCAUCCUCAAUCUGUUGGAUAGUUCUCUUCAGAGCAGCAGCCCUGCUGUGGUGAUGGCAGCCACCAAACUCUUUCUCAUUUUGGCAAAAGAAUUCCCUCAUGUGCAGACGGAUGUGCUUGUUAGAGUCAAAGGGCCCUUGCUGGCAGCCUGCUCAUCAGAGAGCCGGGAGCUCUGUUUUGCUGCACUCUGCCAUGUUCGACGGAUCCUCCGUAGUCUGCCUGGCCACUUCAGUAGCCACUACAAAAAGUUCUUCUGCUCCUACUCAGAGCCACAUUACAUCAAGCUGCAGAAAGUGGAAGUGCUGUGUGAGCUGGUGAACGAUGAGAAUGUCCAGCAGGUGCUAGAGGAGCUCCGGGAUUACUGUACUGAUGUGUCAGCUGACCUGGCACAGGCUGCCAUCUUUGCCAUAGGUGGCAUUGCCAGGACCUACACAGAUCAGUGUGUUCAGAUCCUAACAGAGCUGCUAGUGCUCAGGCAGGAGCACAUCACCUCAGCGGUGGUGCAGACUUUCCGAAACCUGGUUUGGCUUUGUCCUCAGUGCACGGAGGCUAUAUGUCAGGCCCUCCCUGGCUGUGAGGAGAGCAUCCAGGACAGUGAGGGGAAGCAGGCACUGAUCUGGCUCCUUGGAGUACAUGGGGAAACAAUCCCAAAUGCUCCAUAUGUGUUGGAGGACUUUGUGGAAAAUGUGAAGGCGGAGACAUUUCCAGGAGUUAAGAUGGAGUUAUUGACCGCACUGCUGCGCCUCUUUCUCUCCCGCCCUGCUGAGUGCCAGGACAUGUUGGGUCGUCUGCUAUAUUACUGCAUAGAGGAGGAAAAGGAUAUGGCAAUACGGGACCGUGGGCUCUUCUACUAUCGCCUCCUCUUAACUGGCAUUGAUGAGGUGAAGCAAAUCCUAUGUAGCCCCAAGUCUGACCCUUCUCUUGGACUCCUGGAGGACCAAGCAGAAAGACCUGUGAACAGCUGGGCCUCUGAGUUUAACACAUUAGUGCCGAUGUACAGCAAAGCGUGCUGGGCAGCUAUCUCUUCGCUUCAGGUGUCAGAGCCUCGUGGUCCUGAACCUUCAGGCACGGGGGUCCUCUCUCCAUCAGGAUCUUUAAUUUCAGAGAACAAAGCAGAACUGCAGCCUUUGUCUGACUCAGGAUCUUUCCUCCUAGUUCCAAAUGGCCAGCUGACUGCUGAGCAGUUUGAGAAAACUUGGCUGAGCCUGGAAGUGGCCCACCAAGAAGUUCUGCCCUGGCAAGGAGUAGCCCAUCCGGACACCAUCCAGACAGCUCUGCAAAUGGUGAACAUCCAGACCAUCGCCCUGAGCAAGGCUGGUGUCCAGCCCUGGAAGGCCUAUCUUAGUGCCCAGGAUGGUUCAGGCUGUGUCUUCCUAACGGAACUGCUAUUAGAUCCUGAGCACUUGCAAGUGCGCCUCUCAGUGAAGCAAAGCCACGUCAAGGCAGAAGCCCUGAAUAGCUUUAUUUCUGUCUUAAAAACUGUGAUUGGAACAAUUGUGGAUAUAAAAUCUUGAUAGAUUCUUGCUGCCUUUGCAUAGAGGUAUAAAUAUGAUCUACAUUUGUCAUUUGUUUUCAGAGCUAUUCCUUUAGUUUGAAUAAUAUGAGAGGAAAAGGAAGGUAGAAAUCCAGGACCCAAGAUUCUUGGGUAGGUUUUAUGAUCCCAGCUAUGGACAGAUGACUUCACAUCUCCACAUCAGUGUGGUGAAGCCUCAUUCGUGACAGUGUGUAGAAGGAAUUGAAAAUGUUUGGAUGUUUGGCAUCAUGAGAUCUUGGCACUGGCAGGAUCUUCAACACGAUCUACUCUAGCUGGCUCAUAUCAUAGACGAUGACACAGACCUAGGGGGAGGGGUUGACUGGCUCUAAACCACAAGUACCCCACCUUGAACCAGGUUCUUGGCAGCUGAUCAAAUUAUCUGUCGUGCCUCAGAGCGAUACCCUUACAAGUGCCUGAGGCAGGCACUGCAAGCACAUUCCCCCAUUUUGCUGGUGAAGGACCUUGCAUCUCAGAAGGGUGAAAUAGCCUGAAGUUCACACAAUGAGUCAUUAAUCCUGGUAGUAGGAUUCAGAGCCAGCCUUUGUGACCCACUACACAAAGGAAAGCAUAAAGCUAUUCUGGUAGAAGCUUGGACAUUGUUUCUAAUCAGGUAGAAGUCUAUGUAGAUCUAAGCCUUCAUCAUUUCCUAAUAUUAAUGGACAUUGAUCUCCUUGCAGAUAUCUAGGUAUUUAGAUCUAGUAACUGGUUUUUUCCCACUUUAUUUUUCAUUAUCAAAUCAAUUGUCCAGAAAACAUGAAAAAUACAUCCUGAUCACGGGUUCCAUAAUUUAAGUUACAUCAGCCUUAGGGCCACUUGUUAAUCUACAGUAUGAAGAGAAGGAAGUUUAUGCCAACAGAGUGCCCAAACUAGACCUCCUUUACGAAUGUGCUGGUGACACUAUCUGCUGGUGAACACCAGUCUGUCAAAGUGCCCAGAGGCCCAGCAUCAGAAAAUGGGCCACAGCCGACUCACAGAUGGAGUGGCAGGCCAAAGUGCAGAAGUUAUUAGGAACGCGGAGAUCCUGGGGAUAUGCAAAUCAAAUGAAACAGCCCUUGCCCUCAAGGAGAUUAUGUUCUGUCAGGGGAGAUAGUAUGUACGUAUAUAAGUAAAUAUAAGGGAAUUUGGGAGGGAAAGGGCAUUAGCAAUUUGGGGUGGUCUGAGCAGAUUUAAAAGAAACUGGGGGGUUCUUCCAGGCAGAGGUAAAGAGGGAGUGCAUUCCUGGCAUGGGGAACGUGUGUGAGGAGCAGUAAAAAAACCAGUUUGGCUAGGCUGCUAAGUGCCCAAAGGGAGCAUCGUCUUAUUGGCUGUAACUAGGCCAUGAAGGUUUAAAUGCUGAACUUGAUGGAGUGACGUUUCACUCUGUAGGCAGUGAGGAGCCAGCAAGGGACUCGGCCAGGAGUGUGUGGAAGACAGAUGGGAGAAGGAAAGGCGAGGCAGGGAGUAAAUUAGAUGAUUGGAGAGUCAUGGAGAGGUGAUGAGGUGCCAAGCUAGGAUGUGGACCAUGUGAGAAGAGAAAAGGAAACUGAGCUAAGAGACAUUGUAGAGCAAGAGAAGCAACGAAGGGGGUAUAGAGGUGCCAGGAGAGAGCGUGCGAAUCCAGGAUGACUCCUGGAUCGUGCCCUGUGCAAUAAGAAGGAUGGAGUUCUGGACAGAAAGAGGAAAGGCUGGAAGAGGGGCUGGACUUGAGGGAAAAGAAGAGUUCUCUUUCAGACAGGGGACUGGAGUCAGGGGAAGAGGCUUAGGGCUGAAUAGAUUUAGGUGGCAGCCAUAUGCAGAGAGAGUAAGAGGCGUAGGCCUUGGAGUACUCUCUUAAUUGGGAGGAUAGAUUAUGGAUAGCGAUCCAGCAAUGUAGACUGGGAAAGAGAUUGGACAUAUAAAAAUUAAAAGCCAAACUUGUCAUGUCAAACUGAAGAAACAGUAUAACUCGGCUCUUAUGAAUAAUGUUGAAUUAAUACUAAUUAUGGAAGCUGCUGGGAUGAUAAAGUUUUAUUUGGCUGCUUCUAGAUAAUGAGGCAAAAAGGAUAAAUUUAAAUAUGUGCGAAUAUGUAAUGUAUAUAUGAGUAUGUAACUAUGAAUACAUAUACAUAAGAACGUGUGUAUAUAUACAUAUAUACACACUACGCUAUAUUUAAAUUAAAUUGAAAAAUGAUCUAGAAUAAGGACUUACUUCCAUUGACCACUACUACUUUGUACUAAGUAAUCAGGACUUAAAUGACCUUUGGAGUUAAUUCGUUAGUGCUCCCAAAUAGGAACACCUUCCAAUUGCUUGUUGUGACUUUAUUGUUUGAAAUUAAUAAAUAUUAAUCUUCUUUUCA